CUUCUUACGGCACUGGAUCAGCUCGCAGUGCAUGUGCUCUUCCAGCUAUGCCCUCCGGCCCGUCCUCUCAGCACAUCCAGAGGAAGGACUGCCCACACCCGUAGGAAUGAGCACUCGGGCCCGGCACCUGCUCCCGCCCGCCACCUCCGCCGCCGCUCCUGCGCCGCUCGCCAUCCCACUCCCCACCAGCUCUCCACCAUGAACGAUGAGGUCAUCAGCACGAAUGCACUGGCCUGGCUGGUCUGCUCAGGAGUGUCCAUCCUGGCCAAUGCCUGGGGCAUCCUGAGCGUCAGCGCCAAGCAGAAGAAGUGGAAGCCGCUGGAAUUCCUCAUCUGCACGCUGGCAGGCACGCACAUCCUCAACAUGGGCAUCCCCGUGACCAUGUACUGUGUCAUUCAGCUACGCCGCCAACAUUCCAGUUACGAGUGGAACGAAGGACUCUGCAAGGUCUUCGUCUCCACCUUCUACACCCUUACCCUGGUCACAUGCUUCUCCGUCACGUCCCUGUCCUACCACCGCAUGUGGAUGGUCCGUUGGCCUGUCAACUACAGGUUGAGUAACACCAAGAAGCAGGCAGUCCAUACGGUCAUGGGCAUCUGGAUGGUCUCCUUCAUCCUGUCCACGCUGCCGGCCGUGGGCUGGCACGAUACCACAGAACGCUUCUACACCCACGACAACUGUCGCUUCAUCGUCACUGAGAUCGGCUUGGGCUUCGGCGUCUGCUUUCUGUUGCUGAUCAGCGGCAGCGUAGCGAUGGGCGUCAUCUGCAUCGGCAUCGCCCUUUUCCACACCUUCUCUUUCCAGAUGGGCCAAAACGCGAACAAAAACAAAUUCAACGUGCCCACUAUCGUAGUGGAGGACGCCCAGGGAAAGAGACGCUCGUCCAUUGAUGGCUCGGAACCCAUCAAGACAUCGCUGCAGAUCACCUAUCUGAUCAGUGGAAUUGUCUUUAUAUACGACUUUCUAACUGGAUUUCCGAUAUUGGUGGUGAGCUUUGCCAGUCUGAAAUUCGAUCGCUCUUACAGCUGGAUGGUCCUGUGUGUCCUCUGGUGCUCCAUAGCUCAGUCCAUCCUCCUGCCCAUGUUUCUAUGGGCUUGUGACCGCUACAGGGCCGACGUUAAGAUGGUUUGGGAGAAAUGCGUGGCCAUUAUGUCCAACGACGAUGCGGAUGAAGAAAACAGCCAGGACGGAGGCAUUCAUCAGGACUUAAUAUAUGACAGAGCAUUUGACUAUAGCUCCGCUGCUGAUAUCAUGACGGUAGACCGUAUUGCCAAGUACGAAUUGUCCACCUUAGAAAGGGGGGGCCCCCAGGGUUAUCCAAUGAGGGAGCUUCAGGAAGAUAAAAUGCACUAUUUGCAGGUGCCCCCUACAAGAAGAUACUCCCACGACGAAACCGACAUGUGGACCACCGGUCAGAUCCCGUCUUACCUGCAUCGCUGGGGCUCCACGGAGGACAUCAUCGGCAUCCCGCAGUACAGCUCGCCGCACCACGAGAGACGCCGCAGCAGCCCGGCAACUUGCCGCGAGGAGAACCAUGCUCGCCGCAAACGGCGGCGGUCCGAGGACAUGCAUUCGCUCAAGCAGAUUCCGCGGGUCGAGCGUUAUGAGGACGAUUUCAAGUGCUUUAGCCGCGACGAAGUCAUCAAUUUCAUCGACGAGACGCCGCUGGCCAGUCCAAUGCGGAGCCCGCGCCGCGCCUCGGCGGUCUCUCUCGUGCCCGACACGUUCGAGCAACACGUCAUCUUAUUGCCGCAUUUCCCGCUCACGCAUUUUGAACGCGAGCCUCAAGCGCUGAGACGCUGCUUUGAACAGGGCAAGUGUGCUGCGCUGACUGAAAUCGCCCAGGAUGCUUCGAGAAGGGCGAAGGACGGCGGCAAAGGCUCGGGCACGAGGGCAUUACACGAACAUGGGCACGACGAGAAGCGCGCUACACACAUGGAUCAUUCGGGCCCGAGUGCGCGGACGGGCAUUCGGCCCUCUUCAGAUGUUAGGACAGCACAGGUCGACGCGCCACCCACUUGGUUGGACGGCAAGAACCUGUGUAAAGGGGAAAGCAAAGGAAGCACAAAUAGUUUUAUAAGCUCGCAAUCGGCUUCCCCGGGUUACGUCACUUUUACCACCGAAUCUAUGUGAUCCACAAACUGAUGCACACUUUCCCCACAAAUAUUAUAUAGCUGUUGCAGACGGCGGUAAAGUUAGUUUGACGUUUGGCAUUCGCGUAUAAAUAACACGCGCGUUGCAUUAUCGUGAAAUACGUACGCCAAAGUUCGAUUUUGCGUGCAUAUGAUACGCCAAUUUAGCGCGCGUGCAUAUUAACCGGCAAUUUGUCUUAUUAGCCUGUCCCCAAACCAUAAACCUAAUGUUAGCGUGCGUGCAUAUUAUAACCUCUACCCUAACCCAAACCCUAAACCUAACAGUAUUAUUUUAAUUAUUUCAGUGUUUCCUCUUCAUGUACGUUUCAAAAUGGCGCCUGCUCUCCAGCGAGGUGCACGCAAACAUUGGCGUAUCAUAUGCACGCAAAAUCGAACUUUGGGAUACGUAUUUCACGAUAAUGCAACAGCGUGUUAUUUAUACGCAAUUCAUGAGACCGGGUUGGACAUUCGGUUUCAUACCAAUUAAACUCUUUCCGCUUGUUAUGUUUUGAUCACAAACUUACUCAUAUACACAUAAACAGAUGCCCUUUACGUUGCACAUUUCUAGAAAUAUAUAUAGACCUAUGUAUAUAUAAUAUAUACUUUUAAUCUAUGCAAUUAUAUAAAUCCAUUAAACGACAACACCAUUUGAGAUAAAGGUAUCAAAUCAACUGUAAAAUAUUCAAAAUAUUAUUCCCUAUAAUUCACAAGUCUUGUUAAUCUGAUUACAGAAAUCAUAUUUUUGAUGUUUAAUAUACUGUACCAAUUUAAAGUGAUAGUUCACCCAAAUAUAUAUUUCUAGAAAUUAAGCCUUGUGCAACGUAAAGGGCAUAUGUUUAUGUCUAUCUGAGUUAGUUUGGGCUCAAAACAUAACAGGCGGAAAGAGUUUAAUUGGUAUGAAUCCGAAUGUCUAAUGAAUGUCGAAUGUCAAACUAACUUUUGCCGUCUGUUGCAGCUGUGUUUCUUAGUAUUAUUGGGAGAAGGUUUGAGAUGGCAUGGGGACGUCAUUUUAGUAAUUCAUGGUAUAGAAAUGUAUUGCUUUUCUGUGGGUUGUAAACGGUUAUUUACGGAAAUAAAAGAGCUCACAGAUCUGGGUUGUGCAACUUCAGCAGUAAAUCAGUCACAUAGUGUUUGCUUACAACACAUCACCACUCACAGACUCCUGUGUUUUUGUUGGUUCUGAUGGCGUGGCAUGUUUUUUUAAACUUAAAUAAUAUUUUGUUACAUUGUUUAAAUUGGAAGAUGUUAGUAUUUUUAAGCGCAGGAUUAUCUUUGUACAUCUAGACAUGGCUACCAAUAAGUGGCUGCUGUUUCAUUUAACAAAAUAGUUUCAAAAGAAUUUCUGUUAAGUGCUUUGUGAUGAUUAAAAAUGUAUUUCUCAUGCAUUGUUUUCCCAUGAUACAGCCUUUAAUCAAAAAGUGAGACUUUACAAAAAACUCCAGCAGCCUGUACACAUUUCACAAAACAAGUUGCACAUUCUUGCGUCUUAAAGAAAGGGCCCUUUUAGUGAAAAAGUGAACAUUUCAUACAUAUGAAACAACAGAAGGGUAAUAUGAACACAUUUUCUAAGCAAAUCCAGAAAUGUCCCAUUGUUAAAUAAUCUUUGUUGAUAUGUUUAUUAAAAGCCACAUUGCUGCUGCCAGCAUGCACUUCUUAACAUCUAAAUGAAAUACAGAUGAAUUGUGAAAUAUCAGGUGGUAUCUUGGCAGCUUUAUAAUGGACAUGCACCGCCCCCCCCC